GCUGUCACCAGGGGCAGCACUCCGCCGGCUGACCGACCCUAAGGCGCACGCGGCCAUCGCUCGCCCAGCGCAGCAACACCGGCCCCUUGCGGCCAGGAGCCUCGGCGCUUCUAACACCUUCCACAACUGCCACCCGAAGGAAUCGCCACAGUUCCGGCGUUCGAAGAAAAGGCCCAUUGCCUAUAAGAGAUGGAAAUCGUGCCAGAAGGGAAAAACUUUCGAAUAGUUCCUGAAGACGAACUUCAAGCGGUGGCCGAUUUCUUAGUGCGGUACAUGCCUGAAUCUCUAAAGUUUCAUCAGACGAUUCAAACAUAUCUAAACAACAAAGUCUGGAACUUCCAUUUUUAUGUAGCGAAGAAUUGGCCAGAGGACCCGAUUUGCCUACAUUUCCCCGGAUGUACGAGCACGCCAAACAGUCAAAUUUACGAAAGCGUGACGGUGUUUUGUCCAUCCGCCCGGGCUGAUCUAGUUGAUCUGGUGACUUCAGAAAGCAUCCUACUAGAUUUAACUCAACCAUUGUACCUGAAUUUCACUCACGAAGCUAUCGUUAAUCGCUUCGAGAAGCGCUAUGAGGCCCACGAUAAGAUCACCGGCGAUGUUUAUGCCUGUGACAAUCCACCGGCGGAUGUCGAUACUGAUGGAUUGCCACCGGACGUGGAGUUAGUGCGCUUGCAGCCGGAGCACAUGAAGGCCGUGCACGAUCUUUAUCCGGCAAGUGAUAUCGAAUGUCGUGAGGUAUUUGAGAAGUUGGUAGCCGAACUACCGGCCUACGGGAUCUUUGUCGAAGGUCAACUUGCCGCUUGGAUGGUUCAAUCAUACUACGGAGCCAUGUUCUCUAUGCAAACUCGCCCCGAAUUCCGUAGGAAAGGUUACGGUAUUUACUUAGCUCGCCGCCUAACUAAAGAAGUCGCAGCCCGGGGCUAUAAGCCCUUCGUCGUCAUUCGUCCGGAAAACGACGCGUCCCGUUCGCUUUACACGAAACUCGGCUUUGAGAAACGUUUCCGAACGGUGCGCGCCGUUUUGCGUCCUCGCUAGCGUAUUAGAGUUGGUCACUAGCAGAUUUUAUUUUUUUAAGACUUUUGAAAACAAAAAUCAAUUUAGCUUACGGUCUUCGAUCGUCUAGAGAAUUUUAGUAUCUAGUAGCUUUAAGGUUGGGGCGGUUAGUGCUCUCGGUCGUGACUCGAAUAGUCGAAAAAAAAAACUCGAAUGAUGUUAGCUCCGUUGUAUCGUACAACAUUAAACUCUUAGAUUUAAUAAUAGGGCCUCUGCUGUUUUUGCCUUAAACAUUAUCAUCUCCCAACAUUAUACCAUUUCAACAACGAAAGCUUCCUUGUUAAAUUCAAACUCCUAGUUAAAUAAUUUUAGUGUAUACUUCUAGGAGCCGAAGCUUGCCAGUAUUUACAGUCAUUAUCGAGAGCUGUGGCCGUUCAUCGCGAUCUCUGAUUAUAACCUAGUUACUAAUUUCAACGACCAUAUUAUUAUGUAAAGUUGUAAGCUAUAAUCGGACCCUACAAAUCCCACCAAGUACAACCUGAAGGGUUUUUCGUUUGUUAACGCGUUGAGUCUCAUGUGAUGACCGCACAGACGUCUGCUCGACCAAAUACUGGGAGGUGCCAGCAAUUGGUCGAGUGGGAACUGCUCUGCCUCAUGGUUUAUAAAAUUUUGGGACCCGUUGUGACGUAUGUGAUAAAGCCGUUAGAGUUAACGAGAUAAAAGAUGAAAUGGGGUGGUUAACACUAAGGAACAAAGUUUACAAUUGCACCUCCGAUUUGCAAAGAUGUUUAAUCAAACACCGUUUUCAAAUAUUGUUAACAUAAAUAUAUAUAUAUAUUAUGGAUUUAGCUUUCAUAAUUUGUAUACUCGGAUUGGAUGUGUAGGAAAGAAUCAAUAUCUUGAUAAGAUUAGAAGGAAAAGAGGAUGCUUUUUACUUUUUUCCAUUAUUUUUUUUUUGAGCAUGUUUCCGACCGUUUAGUACCAAUACCACGAUUAUGUAUACGUACCGAAUUCUUAUCAUAAAAGUCGGAUUUUGUAUUAAAUUUGUAUUUAAGUGAAACUGAAGAGUUUCUUUAAAACUGCAGUUUCAGUAAAAGACUUUGAAUCGUUUAAAAUGUCUCUGUUGGGAGAAAAACAUUUAAAUAUUUAUACAAAAACGUGUUUGUAGUUAGGUAGAUGUUUUUAAUACGUAUUUAUUAAAAUAUGGUCCUAGGUUCAUUAUUCCUUGUCUCUAAUAUGUACCUACCAAUUUCAUUUCAUUUCAUUUCAUUAAGUUAUUAUUAGAUAACUAUGUGUGCUUUUUGGAAACUUUGUUCAGGUUAUGUUUAGUCUUCCUAAACAGUGGAAGGCGUGUUGUUUAAAUUCAAUAUUGGUCACAACCUUUUCGCCUUCACAUCACCGUCACAUUCAUUGUGAUUUCAGGCAUUGCCCUUGGCAUAUAACGGUAGUACCGUAAUAAAGCGGUACACAUUUUGUCAAAUAUUUUAUUAAUUCAUACAUAAACGAAUAC